AUGAGCCGGCGGAAUACGCACAGGCGGCGGCUAGAGGCCAGCGGCAGCGUCGCGGCGGCGGGCAGCAACGGCGGCGGCGCGCGGCGCUGGCUGGCCGCCAGCCCGGCUGUGCCUGCACCACCAGAGUAUGAGUACUGGCAGAUGCCGCCGCCGUCACCGCCAGCGCCCUCCCCACCUGGCGGUGACAAGGCCCCUGCGCUGGGCGUGCAGUCUGACACUUCACGGGCUGUGGUGGGCCAGGUGGCGGACCACCUGGCCAGCCUCACCGCGGGGCUGGACCUGGAUGACGACGGCGGCAAGGCGCCCGCCACAGGCGGGGAGGACGCCUUCCCCGAGGAGCCCUCCGGGUGGGUGCAGAUGGACACGACGCUGAGGGUGAGCGAGGGGCUGGUGGCGCGGCCGACGUGCGUGAUGGCGGGCGCAGCAAUCUCCGCCAUCAUCUGGCCCGUCUUCGGCCAGCUGCAGAUUGGCUGCAACUCCACGCUGUCAUACAGUGUCAUGGAGUCGGCCUGCCUGGCGCAGCGCAGCUGCGCUGUCUUUGCCUCCAACGCCGUGUUUGGGGACCCCUGCCCCGGCGCCCGCAAGUCCCUCACCUUCACCUACAGGUGCACCGCACCCUCUGGAGACCUCCCUUUCAACCUCACCUCGCCGCUGCGCAGUCCCGCGCCGCCAUCUCCCGCGCCGCCAUCUCCCUCGCCGCCGCCGCCCCGGGCUUUUCCUCCGCCACCCUCGCCCUCCCCGCCCAGCCCCCCGCCUCCCACACCGAGCUGGGACCUGACCCCCGUGCAGCCCCGCUUUGUCACCCCCAUCUCCCCCAACCCCCCCGCCACCGACGUCUCCUUCCCCCCAACCGCGCUGGCCCCCUCCCCGCCCACCCUCAGCAGCAUCCAGGCCGGGUGCCCGCUGUCUGGCGGCACCGUGCGCGGCUACGGCGCCGCCGGGGACGGCUUCAAGAACGACGCGCCGGCGCUGCAGCAGGCGGACCGCAGCGCGGGCAGCCUGCUGUUCUUCCCAGUGGGCGUCUACCGCAUCAGCUCCUCCCUGACCCUGGCCAAGACUGUGCUGAUGGGCGCCUCCACCCGCUUCUACGUGGACGGCGGGGUGACGUUGCGCCUGCUGCGGCAGCCUAAGCGCGCGCCUCUCAACAACGACCCCAUGUUUGCCGGCCCAGGCAAAGUGGUGUUUGGCACUGCGGGUCUGGAGGUGUACCCUCAGUGGUGGAUUGGGCCCGACAGGAGCCAGUCGAGGGCGCUGCAGGCUGCCGCGGAUAGCUGCGAGCUGCCGUGCACCCUGAUGCAAACCAUCAGCCUGAACCUGGACCAAGGGGUGGCCCUCAACCCCCGCAACGGCUUCGUUGCCAACGCCAAGGCUUUCCUCGUGGGCAGCGGCUCAGGCGAGGGCGUGACACUGCUCUCAGGCAGCUACCUCAUGCCCAUGUCAUUCAGUGGCAUCCUCAACUUUGCCAGAUGGGGCCUGCGCCUGCUGCCCGGCGUCAGCAACGCCAACAUCCAGGCGGGCUUUGUGACCAACAACAACGAGGGGAUGGUGCUGGCAGCCUCGGUGGCCCAGCCCCUCACCAACAUUACCAUCAGCCACGUGUCGGUGACCCAGAACAACCAGUUCACCACAGUCCUCUACUCCUCCCAGGACAAGGCCCUGUUCCGGGACGUCGUCGUGCGCAUCAACUUCGAGCUGAUGGGCGGGUCGAAGCAGCCCGGAAGCCCCUCUGGCGGCACGACGUUCAAGGGUGGCAACCCAUCCCUGCAGAACACACGUGUCAUCAUGCAGGCAAUGGACCCCGCCCAGUUCUUGGUGCGCACGCCGUGGGCUGCUGUGAAGACAGACACCUCCAAGCCCGUCAGCAACUUUCUGUUCCGCUCUGACUGCUGGAACGGCGGGUUUGAGGCGCAGGGCGCGCUGGUGGAUGGGCGCUUCAAGAACUCCUUCAUCUAUAUCUUCACCAGCGGCUCCAUCACGGGCCGCCUCUUUGUGUUCGGCCCAGACAGCAGCAACAACACCCUCAGCAUGGGCAACAAUGGAGCGGGGGGUGAGUGGGCUCUGACCAGGACGGAGGACGCCCCAAGCUUCUUCAACGCCGGCAAGCCAGUCAUGGAGCAGGGCAUGUGGGUCAGGCUGUCCAUCUCCCAGGAUUGGCUGCCCGGCGAGAAGCGCACCUUCUACCUCUACUCCUACUUUGCGCUAGCCGCCAACACCAACAUCCGGAUGCAGUGCAUACCGUAUGCCUCCUGGAACCCCGGCGUGGUCUGCGAGUCGGUGCAGCUGGCGUCCAAGGCUUCCAGCACCAUGCAGAUUGCAGUCACCCUAUCCAACGGCAGCAACAAGAUCGUCCCCGCCGGAUUCUCCCACCGCUUUGGUGUGCAAGUCGCGCCCUGA